UAUUCGAACUCUGCAACGAUUUAAUGGCGAGGAAAAAGGCUGCCGAGGACACGUCUGGACCCAAGCAGAGGUUGGUCUCCCGAGGUAUGAAGAAACGGAAUGGGACACCUUCUGAGACCGUUGCAAAGAAGCUGAAGGCAAUGAAAGAUGGAGAGACCUCUUCGAAAAAUGAAUCAUACAUACAAGCCAGUGUGAAGUGGGUGGGAAGUCAAAAGAAAGCAUCCCAGUCAAGUGUUCUACAUUACAUCUACCGGAGUUCCUUGGGGCAAACCAUUCAUUCUCAUCUGCGACAGUGUCUCCAGGAGCCCUUCAUUCGCUCUCUUGGGUCCUACCAGCUCCACCGCACAGCCAGUCCUUUUGACCGCAGGGUUACAUGUCUAGAAUGGCACCCCACCCACCCCACAACCUUAGCAGUGGGCUCCAAGGGUGGUGACAUCAUCCUGUGGGAUUAUGGGGCUCUUAAUAAGACCACCUUCAUACAAGGGAAGGGAGCCUGUGACUUUAUUGGUGAGCUGAAGUUUUGUCCCACGGACACGUCCAAAGUGUAUGUCGCCUCAGGUGACGGCACACUGACCGUUCAGAGCUUUGAAGGGCUCCCCGCUGAAAGACUGUCUCGAACUGUGGACUGUGGGCAUGAUCACCACAAUGUCUGUUACUGGUACUGUUGUGUGGACGUGUCACUGAGCAGACAGAUGCUUGUCACUGGAGAUAAUACUGGACGUCUCUUACUCCUUGGCCUCGAUGGAAAAGAGAUUUUCAGUGAUAAGUUACACAAAGGCAAAGUGACCCAUGCAGAAUUCAACCCUCGCUGUGAUUGGCUGAUGGCAACAUCAUCUGUUGAUGCCACAGUGAAACUGUGGGAUCUUCGGAACAUUAAGAACAAGAGUAGCUAUCUCCAUGAAAUGCCUCAUGACAAACCAGUCAAUUCAGCUUACUUCAACCCAACUGACAGCACUAAGCUUCUCACUACUGACCAAAAGGACCAGAUCAGGGUGUACUCCUCCUCUGAUUGGUCCAAACCAGAACAGGUCAUUCUACACCCACACCGGCAAUUCCAGCAUCUAACCUCCAUCAAGGCCACCUGGCAUCCUGUGUAUGACCUCAUCAUCGCUGGCCGUUACCCCGAUGACCAUUUCCUGCCUGGGGAUCUCAGAACUAUUGAUUUCUUUGAUGCCAACACAGGCAAACUGGUGCAUCAGCUGCGAGACCCCAAUGCCUCUGGGAUCAUAUCUCUCAACAAAUUUAAUCCAAUGGGAGAUGUACUGGCAUCAGGAAUGGGUUUUAAUAUUCUGGUAUGGAACCGCACGGACAGUGUAAACAGCACACAGGGACAGCAGAUGAGAAAGAGAGGAGAGGAGAGAGGAGGCAGAGCCAGAGCCUCCAGAGCCCAGCGUAGUAAUCCCCCCCGCCCCCCAAGAAGAGGGACCGCAGAAGAUGCAAAGCUUAAGAAAAAACUAGCAUCUUUGGAGUCAGCAGAGACCAAGUCUAGGGCCAAACGUUCAGCCGAUGAAAAUAAAACACAGAAAAGCAAGAAAAAGUAAGGUCUAUGUUUGUCUGCUGACUGUAUAUAAUGAUCACUUUACUGCAAAACAGCAUUAAAUGUGGGUAGCUGCUCUAUAACAACGACUGGUUCUAUCUUCAGUAACAAACUGUUCCACACACUGCAGGACAU